GUGGCGGACUCUCCUAAUGAGUUCCUUUUCACUCAGAAUGAUCCGAGAGAUAUUCCAGAAAAUGUGGAUGUGCCUCUAGUUGAUGCGCAAGUGCAAUGUGGAGAUGGAUUGCGUGGCUCUAAUAGUGUUGAAGUUUUGAAUGAUGAAGAUGCAUACGAGAUGGGAGUGGAUCUUGAUUCUGAUGAUGAUCGUCCUGUUGAAGAGAUGACAGAGAGUGAUAUUGAGAUGUUCAGGCGUAUAUUCCCCGGACGUCGUGAUCCGAUAGUUCAUGAGUUUAGCGACCUGACUCUUUCCGAUCAGGCGUUUGCAGAAGGACGUGAUGAUGAGCUCCUAGAAGCUCCUGAAGCUGGUCCUAGUAUGGUUAUUGAGGAGGGUAGGGUAUUUAAGGACCUUCCCGCAUUGAAGAGAUGGUUGCAAGCCUUUGCGGUGAUACGGAAGAGACCAUAUAAAGUGUUGCAUUCAUAUGCGGAGCGCCGUUACACAGUUGUGUGUGACAAGGAACGGUGUCCGUGGAGGGUUUGUGCAAGAAAGCAAAAUAUCACCGGGCAGUGGAAGAUCACAAAAGUAGUCGGUCCACACAAUUGUGCUGACCAUGAGCUUACAGUGAGACAUCCGCAGCUAACAUCUACCCUCAUUGCGAAGCGAUUGAUGGGAAUAUUGAAGGAACAACCCAACAUGAAAGUGAGAACAAUUAUAAGAACUGUUGAGGAGAUUUAUGGAGGAUAUGUGAUAACUUAUGGUAAAGCUUGGAGGGCUAAGCAGCGUGCGUGGAGGAUGAUUUAUGGAGAUUGGGAGUCUGGGUACGAGCAGCUGCCAGUUCUUUUCAAUGCUAUUAAAGCGGUGAAUCCAGGCAUGCAUUAUGAGCUUGUUGCGUGGUUCAAUGAAAGACACGCAAAAGCAGAAGCGUUGCUGGUUGCUGGGGAGAGAUGGGCUGAAAAACCAAAGAGACAUCUCAUCAUUGCAAAUGAAAGGGCUUCCACACAUGAGGUGCAAUGUUUUGAUCUCGGCUCAGGGACUUAUCAGGUGGAGCAUAGGGGCGGUACAACGUCCGACGGUGAGAUCCGAGAGUCGAGGAUACAUGUGGUAGUUCUCCGAGAUUUCAAGUGCACUUGUGGUAGGCCAAGGCAGUACCACUUCGUAUGUUCUCAUUUGGUGGCAGCAGUUAGGCAUCGCAAUUUUGAUAUCGAGAGCAUGAUACCACAUGAGUUCAGCGUAGAUACCCUUGUGCGGACAUGGAGCCCCCGCUUCGUGCCUUUCCGGGAUCCUAGAGAGUGGCCUCCGUAUGAUGGGCCAAAAUAUGUUGCGGAUCUUGCAUACCGUUGGAACAAACGUGGAACAAGGAAGCGGACGAGGCAUAACAUGACUAUGGAUCAGGUAUCCGGAAGAACGAGGCGUGGUAGAGCAACACCAUUUCUUGCUGAUCCAGAACAGAACGAGUGCGGCAAGUGCGGUUGUGAUUCUACAUCUCUAACUUAA